UUCCUCGCCCCUCAAACCCCAAGCCUGGCCACAUCGCGAGCAUUCCCUAUUUUCUGGUCUCUUUUCCUUCCCUUUCUGCCCUUCUUUCCUGUGUGCGUUCUCCUUAAAAUGGGUCUCCUUUGAAUCAAUCUUACGAUCCCAAAUCCCAGAUUGAGACUGAGAUAUAUAGCCCCCUUCUCUCUCUGUCUCUCGAGUGUGCGUGUGAGAUUCUCUGGAAUGGAGAUGCUUCCGAGCUUUGUUGUCAGUGGAGGCGUUAAACUGCCUAUUGGCUACAGGUUCUGUCCCACCGACGAAGAGCUCAUCGUUCACUAUCUCCGGAAGUUGGUCUUAGGCCUGCCAUUACCUGCGGCAGUGAUUCCUGUCCUCGAUGUUUUCCAGAUUGAUCCUUGGAACCUCCCAGGUGUGGGCGAGACAGAUUCCGUCGAAAAGGGAUAUUUUUUCUGCGAGAAGAAGGAUAUUUUCUAUGGAGGCAUAAUCGUGAUCGCUGAUGGCACUGGCUUCUGGAAGCCAACCGGGAAAGUGAAACCAAUUGUUUCUCCUGUCACCAACCUGGUGGUUGGUACUAGGCAGACCCUGGUUUUCUGUGGAGGCGACUAUUCCGACGAGACUGAAACCCAAUGGGUUAUGCAUGAGCUGCGCCUCGCCGGCCCCGGAAUGACUGUUUUCCCAACUCAGAUGAUCAUGGCUUGGGCGAAGUGGGCUGUCUACCGCGUUUUUCAGAAGAAGAAGAAGCCCAAGAGAAAGAGGUCUAAGAAGCAGUCCAACAUGGAGAAAGUUCAGAAGCUUGAGGGAGCCAAACCCAGUUUCAUUGAUUUCACUGUUGAUGGCAAUGACUCCGACGAAGCCCCGCCCCCGCCGUCGUCUCCGAGUGUCAGCGAAGGCAGUGACACCAUCGCUUCUAACUAGCUAGAUUAGUCCAAGCGGUGAUAUGAAUUAACUUUCCUGAAAUUCUGCUGAGAACCGAUGGAGGAGAAGCAUCUAGUUCCUGAAAACCUGUUUAUCUCUUUUGCCUUUUUCCUUUCGACUGUUACAUAUGCUAGAGUUAAUGAGAAUGGCAUAGGUGGGGUUUUCUCUCUUCAGUGGGUUCAAGAAACUGGUUUAAACAAGCAACUUAGUUUGUUUUAGCAUUCCUAAUCCUCUUUAGCUUGGCCCGUCGAUAAUAAUUAUCAUGUGGGAAUCAUUGUAGUGGGGGGAGAGAACAAAUGAAUGAAUAAAUAAAAAGUCAAUCUGAUAGUUAUAUA